CCUUGAAAAGAAAAAAAAACCGACAACGGUAAACAUAACCUCCCGCCCGUUUUGCACCCGAAAGACAAGCGACAGCAUCAGCGGCGUAUCGGCGUUUGUUUUACUUUGCCGUAGAAAAGACGCGCAAACACACUGAAUUUCGCACGUGAACUGUGAAAAAUUGUGAAAAAGCACCGGCGUGUUGGUUUCCCCCUAAAGAACGAUAUGGCGUCCUUUAACCUGACCUCGAUCACGAGCGCACUGACCGAUCUCGAUCAGCACGGCGUCAAAUGGGUCGGCAAAGCGUCGAAAUGGGGAACGGAAGCGGAAGCCAAAGACCUGAUCGAUGCGAUAAAUGCGUGCAAGGAUAUGCGCUUUCUCAAUCUGGAGGGCAACACGCUCGGCGUGGAAGCGGCCAAAGGCAUUGCCAGAGCGCUGGAAAAGCACCCGGAGCUGAAGCAGGCCCUGUGGAAGGAUCUGUUUACCGGGCGCAUGAAGGAGGAGAUCCCGAUUGCGCUGAAGGCGCUCGGGCAGGGCAUGAUCACGGCCGGCGCCCAGCUGACCGUGCUCGACUGUUCCGACAAUGCGCUCGGUCCGAACGGGAUGGUGGGGUUGGUGGAUCUGCUGAAGAGUGCCACAUGCUACACGCUGGAGCAACUGAAGCUAAACAACUGCGGUCUCGGCAUCGAGGGCGGCACCAUGCUCGCGAAAGCGCUGCUAGAAGGACACACCGCUAGCCGGAAGGUGGGCAAACCGCUCGCGCUGAAAGUGUUUAUCGCCGGGCGCAACCGGUUGGAAAAUGCGGGCGCCAAAGCGCUCUCGGAAAUGUUCGCCACCGUCGGCACGCUCGAGCAGAUCGAAAUGCCACAGAACGGCAUCUACCACGUGGGCAUAACGGCGCUGUCGGAUGCGUUCCGGGUGAACCGGAACCUGCGCAUCCUGAACCUGAACGACAACACGAUCGGGCCGAAGGGUGCGGCGGCACUGUCCGUGGCCGUGCAGGAUCUGCACCACCUGCGGGAGAUCAACUUUGGCGACUGUUUGCUGAAAACGAAGGGCGCCGUACUGAUCGGGGAGGCGCUGCACCAGGCACACACCGAGCUGGAGGUGAUGGAUUUCGGGUACAACGAAAUCGGACCGGACGGGGGCUUUGCGCUGGUCAAUGCGUCCGCCAACAAGGGCAGGCUGCGCUCGCUCGUGCUGAACGGCAACCAGUUCGGCGAUGAGUGCUGCGAGCAGAUGAAGGAGCUGGUGCGAAACUACGAGCGCGACCGUGCCAUGGAGCUGGAGGAGGAUGCAGGCGAUGUCGACGGGGAGGAAGAGGAGGAAGAGGACGACGAUGAUGGCGAGGAGGAGGAGGAAGAGGAAGAAGAGGACGAUGAGGAGGACGAAGACGAAGACGACGAUGAAACGGCCGACGAGGACGAGGACGUGGAUGAGACGGUGGAAGGGUACGGCGAGGGCGAGGAGGAGGAUGCGGAGGAAGCACUGCUAACCCGCAUGAAGCAGCACAGUAUGAGCAAAACGAACGGCGGCACUGCCCACGACGCGUCCGCCGUGUCGAUCGAUCUCGACACAACGCUCCCGUGCACGGUCGAUUCGUUCAUCCGCCAGCACUACCCGUCGGAAACGCUGUUCCAGUCGCUGCCGGACAAGGAUAAGGUGGCCGCCUUCCGCGACUACCUGAAAGCGAUCCCGCAGGAAGACUACCUGGUGCACACGGCCUUCACCAUCCUGAAGUGUUCGGAUCUGUGCGAAAGCCAGCCGGAUGCGCUCGCCGUCGCGCUCGCCCUGUACAAGGAUGCGUUCGAGUUUGCGCGGGCGAACAGGCGGCUGAAAAGCUUGCGCAACUUUUUGCUCAUUCAGCUCGGUCUGCUCAAGUCGGAGGAUCGGAGCUUCCGGCCAAACUACAACGUGCAGAACUGUCAGCGGGCGUUGCGCGACGCGCUCAAGCAGAAUCUAAUACCGGAGGAGGAGACUAGCAUGUUCAAGACGUUCCUCGAUCACAAGGUAUAAUGGCCGCAGCGGUGGUGCCGCGUUCUCUGUGCGUGUGGUGUUAAUGCCGAUGUAAAUGAGAUUUGUUUACUUUUUAAUUAUUUAAAAACAUACAUGAUUCCAAGAAAAUUGAAUUGCAAAAAAAAAACGAAGU